AUGUGUGUUCAGGACCAGUCGCACUGGGGAGAGGGGUGCCCUUGUAAACUUACGCCUGUUGUUGUUGUCGUCACCGCCUUCUAUCGGCCCGUCCCUGGGGAUUGUGAGGAGCCAAAGAGUGGGCGGGGUGAUCCGUUAAGGAUGCUGGGCUCGCCUUUACCAUCCUCUGGUCAGUGUGUUCGGACAGAUCAGUCAGAUGAUUCAUAUCAUCAGUACACCACAGAUAAAGACAUCGAAAGGAUUACCAGUAACUGGGAGGAGCUGAACAUGUGUUGUUACUAUUAUGGUGGUUUGAGUAGUCCUCAGGCAAAGCUGUUACUGCACCAUUCCAAAGUGGGCACCUUCUUAAUACGUGACAGCUCUGACCCCAAAUACCUGUACUCAUUGAGCCUGAAGACAGAACGAGGUACUACCAGUGUCAGGAUAGAAUAUUCCCACGGAACAUUUCGUUUAGAUUGUGAAGAUCGAUUACGUAGUAAAAUGCCCCGCUUCAUGACAGUGAUGCAGCUGAUUGAUCAUUAUGUGAAGCUUAGUCAAAGUGAAGCCUCUAAACAGUGUCGCUGGUUGGAGAGCUCAGGGAGGCGGGACGUACCAGUCAAACUGACCAGACCUAGGAUGUUGUCGCCUCCCUCAUUACAACAUUUGUGUAGAGUAACAGUAAACACUGUGGUGCCAUCAGUGGGUAAACUGCAUGAACUUCCCUUACCUAAUAGUCUCAAGCGUUACCUGUCAGAGUACCCAUACAGACACUGA